UCUCAGCGCUGGGCCUGUUAAUGAUUAGUGAUAGCCGCGUACUUAGAACUUGAGCGUGGAGUUUGGAGUCUGCCCUCCAUCGAGAUAGACAUAAUUGGAGUACUCUUGGAUUUCUGUCUUCUCUCCGGCUCCUGUGUGGCCGCUCUGUCCGACUUCUUGGGCUCUCCUUUUGCUUAACCAUGCAACAGCACGGCGUGGUCGCUUGUCUACUCCUCUCACUGUUUUCCUUCAUUGCCUUAGCAGAGGGUGUGGCCCCGGGCCCUCGGCUGGACAACCGCCGGCUGUAUCGCUUCAGCUACAGCACUGACUUCCAGCUGGACCGUGCGCAGGGUUCGCGCCUCGGGGCCACAGGCUUCAAGAUCUCCAGCGGAGUGGACAUUAACUUGGCGUGGAGGAACCCUGACAAUGAGGAUGAACAGCUACUCCGUGUCGAGAUCUCAAAUGUCCAGAUUGAGAAUGCGCUCCCGCGCUCCGCCAAACAUAACAUCUUCAAGGGCUCCUCUGCUGCGGACAUUCUUGGACAAACCAAACUGGCGGCACUGCAGACCCCAUUUAUGGUGUACUGGAAGCAUGGAAAGGUGAGGAGCCUCUUUUGCAUCAAAGGCGAGCCUACCACCAUCAAGAAUCUGAAAAGGGGCGUGGCCAGCAUGCUGAUGAUGCAGCUCAGGGGUGGCAAGAUGUUUGAGGCCGAUGUUUCGGGAAAGUGUGUUGUGGAGUACAAGGCUACCAAGAGCCAGGUGACCCGAACAAAAAACAUGGACACCUGUAAAACCAAAGAGACUGGCUUCACCACCCACAGUCAGGUUCUUGGUGUGACCACCAAAUCAAGCUCAGUCACCUCCAUCACACUUGAAAAUAACUUCAUCAAGUCGGCUGUGGCCGAGGAGAUCCACUCCCUGUCUAUGAAUGCCCACCAUGCUGUGUCUGCCCGCGUUACCUCCAGACAAACACUAACGCUGGAGACCACUGAGGCUGGACCAGAGGAGGUUGCUGGGAAGGAUGCUGUUGGAGUGGUCAAAUCACUCAAUGACAAUCUGAUUUCUGUGGGCAUCAUGGCAGAGAAGAUCAAGAUCAAGUGUAAAAACUGCCCCAAGCUGAUGGACGUGUGGCAGGACGUGAAGAAGGACCUGGAGCCGGAGAACCUGUCCAAAGCCACGGCCCCUCGCAGCUUCCUCAACCUCAUUCAGAGCCUGAGGAAAGCCAGCAGUGUGGACAUCUUGCAAGUGCUAGCAAACUGCAGCAAGCCUUCCCUGCCUCAACUGGUGGAUGCCGUCACCUCCGCUCAGACCCCUGCCUCCCUGGACGCAAUCUUGAAAUUCUUGGACUUCUCCAAGAAGGACGGGCUGAUUCUUCAGGAACGCUUCCUCUACGCCUGCGGCUUUGCCUCCCACCCCGAUGAGAAGAUGCUCCAGACUCUACUGGACAUUUCAAAGGGAAAGGUUGCCAACACUGAUAUCAAGGAGUCUUUGGUAAUCAUCAUGGGGGCCUUGGUGAGAAAGCUUUGCCUGAAAGGAGGAUGUGAACUGUCGACUGUAACGCAGGUGAAGCAGAUGCUGCUCGAGGGCCCGGACAGCACGCAGGACGAGGCCCAGGUCCAGAUGUACCUGCUGGGCUUGAAGAACUCCCUGCUGCCCGAGGCCAUCCCACUGCUGGCCAAGUAUGCCGAGUCUGAGGUCGGAGGCUUCAGCACCAUCGCCAUCACUGCCCUGCAAAGAUACGAUGUUGCCCUUAUCACCAAAGAGGUCAAGCAUGCCCUGAACCGCGUGUACCAUCAGACCCGGCGGGUGUACGAGAAGAACGUGAGGGUAGCGGCGGCCGACGGCAUCCUCAGCAGUGACCCCUCUUACAUGGAGGUGAACAAUCUCCUCCUGUCCAUUGGCCAUCUCCCGCACGAGAUGAACAAGUACAUGGUCUCCAAGAUCGAGGAUGUCCUGCGCUUCGAAAUGUCUGCCAGUAAAAUAGUUCGUCAAGUGAUGAAGGACAUGAUCUCUCACAACUAUGACCGCUUUGCCAAGGUCGGAUCAUCAUCCUCAUAUUCUGGCUACAUGGCGAAGGCCACUGAUGUCACUUCCACCUACAGUCUGGACAUCCUGUAUUCUGGCUCAGGCAUCCUGAGAAGGAGCAACAUGAACAUAUUUGGCCUCAGCAAUGUCGCCCUCCUUCAUGGACUCCAGGUGGCUAUCGAGGCUCAGGGCAUGGAGUCUUUAAUUGCAGCCACCCCUGACGAGGGAGAGGAGGACCUGGAAUCAUUCGCUGGGAUGUCUGCCCUGCUCUUCGAUGUCCAGCUCCGUCCUGUGACCUUCUUCAAGGGCUACAGUGACCUCAUGUCUAAGAUAUUCUCUAUGUCCGGGGACCCCAUGAGUGUAGUAAAGGGCCUGAUUCUCCUGACAGACCAUUCCCAGGUCAUCCAGUUGCAGUCUGGACUGAGGGCCAAUGCUGAGCUCCAGGGGGGCCUGGCCAUCGACAUCUCUGGAGGCAUGGAGGUCAGCCUGUGGUACCGCGAAUCCAAAACCAGUAUCAACAACAGGGGAGCGCUGGUGGUGGCAGGUGACGUGACUGUGGAUGCAGACUUUGUAAGCACGGGGAUGGAGGUGAGCUUCGAGACGGAGGCGUCUCUGGACUUCAUCACCACAGUGCAGUUCUCCGAGUACCCCUUCCUGGUGUGCAUGCAGAUGGAGAAGACCACCUUCCCCUUCAGGGAGGUGCUGGCCAAGUUCGAGAGGCUGCCUCAGGGCAAGCAGUUUGUGUCUCGGCGAGGCCGGAGCCAGCUGGUGCCGGGCUCGGAGUUCCCUCUCCACCAGGCCAACUCUGACAUGUGCAAGCGCAUCCACGCCGAGGACGACUGGUAGAGGAGCAGGAGCAGGAACAGAGGGCCUGUAUACGGGAGCAGGGGCACUGCCAGUGGACUUGCUUAACAGUGUGAAUGUGUGGAGAUUUGUCAGAAUGUACAGAUAUGCUGGGCUCAUUCAAAUAAUACUGAAAAGGAAAAAUAUAUAAUGAUUUGUUUACUUUUUGUGGAGGAUUCACAUGUAAUGAUUAUUUGAAUGAUCUCAGUGUGUUUACUUAGGCUUAUGUCAUUUCACCAGCAAGACUAAUCCUUUUCCUCCAUGCUUCAUCUUAGCAGCAAAGUUACAGUAUUUAUUUUUUAACAGAACGCAUUAACAAACAUCAUCCCUAUAGCACCAAAGCCGGAGGACUGAACAUAACUCUGAGACCAGCUCCCUCUUACAUGCUCAUACAGAAUGUUUACAUGCUUCAGACUAUUUAAACCAUUUCAGCCGAAAGUCAUCACACUCAUCUUGAACCACCUCAAUUCCAAUAGUGUCUGCUGCACGUCUUCUAUACACUGAGUGUGAAUGUCAUGUUUUAAGUUGUAUGUGUAUGUAUACAUAUCCUUUUGUGUCCUAUGUAAGCACUAGUCACGCCAUGCUGAAGGGUAUCUAUAUGUACAGUAUGUGUAAAUAUAUAUGCAAGUGUUGACACUGACCCAGAGUGUACUCAGGUAAACAUAAGCCACUGAUAGGGGUUUAUUGAGAAUGCAGAUUUCAACAGUGGGCCUUGUUUUGACUUGUUAAAAAUUCUUACUAGUCUAGCUAAUUUGAGGAGUUGGUGAGGUGCUUCAUUUUUUUAUGAAACUCUCCAGGGUAUGAAUGGAACAUUUAGCAUUAUUAUGAUGUGUCCUUUUUUUAUUGUGAUUCAUGUUUAACAUCAAGGAGCAAUUCUGGUUGAUAACUAGCUGUAAUUUUUACCCCCCUCAAAAUGGAAACUAAUGUAUCUGAAAUAUUUAUUGUGAAAUGAGUGCUGUACCACUAUUGUACAAACCGGUACAAUCUCUCUUCACUUCUAUAUGGGUCAGAUCUAGUGCAAACCUGCAUCAGAGCUGCAGCCAUCUGGACUGUGUCUUGAGCUACUUCUGUUUUGCUUGGAUGGAGCCAUGUUGAGUUUCCACAGUCUCUCACACAUCGGUGUAUUGUUGCUGUCAUUCGCACCAAUUCAUCUGAUCUCACACAAGUUGCAGUGAAAUAUUCACAGUGACAAUAUGUACUGUGGAGCCUGAGGACACAGAGAGAGUAAUGUGUGUAAUUGUGUUUGUAUGUUUGUGGCUUUGAAUGUACCACAAACCUGGAUGAAGUGCUUUGUUGCCUUAACAUGUAUUUUUUGACGUUUUGCUGGGUAGUAUAAAAAAAAAUACAAAUACAAA